AAAAAACACAGUUUGUGUAGGACAGUUGUGUUUAUCGCUAAGGAGAAGCAACAGGUGACCGGCCAAAGAGAAAGCAAAACCAGCACACAAAAAUAGAUAUCUUGUAAGGGGACUAUUUUAAGACAAAAAAAAAAGUAUACGUGUUUUUGGGGAGCAAAAGACCACUGGUUAAUUAGCAUACAGUAUGGUGGAGCCUUGUGAAAACACAGAAGCUCCAGACACCGAUCCAUCAGAGGACUCUGUUGUAGACUCUUACCAAUGGAAAACUGAGCAAGGGCAAAAGCGUAGUGUCUGGGGUCGAUUUCAGGAAUGGAGGCAAUUACGAGCUUCAAGGACAAAGAACUUGGAAGGAUCCCAAAAAAAGCAGAAGUCAUUUUUUAGGAGCAAGAGGGAUUCAAACGAUCGCUCAAGGAUUCUAGCACGAUACCUGCCCUCAGUAUCUCUGGGAAGAAAGAAGGAGCCUUGUCAGCAGCCAGAGAACAUAGAAGAAUCUCCAGAACCAUCCAUAAAACAAUCUAUUCCCGAAGUUCCUGUCUGGGAUGUCUCCAACUUUGACCUAAUUGAUGGACGUUUACUGCUCACAAAAGGAGAAGAACAGGAUGCUUUCUGCUCGAGAAGUCGGACUGGCAGCUGUGUCUCUAGCACUGGUGGAGCCCAAACUGGUCAUAGUGAGGGAGUUGCAGAUGUUGUCUCUGAUGGGAAUUUGGACACUGACACCAAAAAUCAGUUUAAUAAUGUUAAGGGUUUGAUUUCGAAGAGGAAAAAAAGGAAGAACAAAAAAAAGACGAGCACUUCUUCACUACAAGAUGACAGAAGUGUGCAUGGAUCACGAGAGUCACUUAGUGCAGUGGAAUUUCUCGACCUCACCAAUGAAAAAGAUGUUACCAUUCGAGCUCUGCACAGUAGUAUUCUGGGGAAACAGUAUUGCUUUGAGGUUAUCACUCCAAGUGGAAUUCGCUGUUUUGGAUGUUCCUCUGUGCAAGAACGAGAUAGAUGGAUUGAAAAUCUCCGUAGAAUUGUUCAACCAGACAUGGAUAAUUGUGAACGUGAGGAGUGCUCACUUAGUUUGUGGAUCCAUGAGGCAAAAGGCCUUCCUAACUCUGGUCCAGGUUCUCGAUCACGUUAUUUCUGUGAGGUCCAUUUGGAUGAUGCUCUGUAUGGACGAACCUCAGGCAAGACAUCAGAGUCUGGUGCAGUAUUCUGGAGUGAAAGCUUUAACUUGCGAGACUUGCCUUCUUCAUUGGGUCAUGUGGCCAUUCAUCUCCUUCGUGAAGGGAAAGAGGCCAUGGGUGUGGGUACUGUAACACUGGGAUUGGAAGGAAUGAAGGAUGGUGCAGAGAGGUGGGUUUCACUAGGAGGAGAGAUGACAUUGAGACUAAGGGGUAGAUACAGGAGACUUCAUGUUCUUCCUAUGGUGCAGUACAAAGAAUUUGCUGAGUAUCUCACUUGGAGGUACCUCAUGUUUAGCAAAGCAAUGGAGCCAAUUCUGAGUGCCCGUGAGAAAGAAGAGUUGGGAAGAUCAUUGGUCUACAUCCUACAAAGCACUGGACAAGCAAAGGAAUUCCUGGUGGAACUAGGAGCUGCUGAAUUUACUCGCUACGAUGUUCAAGAUUCUUUAAUAUUCCGGGAAAACACUAUUGUAACCAAGGCUAUUGAAGAAUACAUGAAAAUGGUGGGACAGACAUACCUAAUGGAGACUUUGGGUCCUUUUAUAAUCCAUCUGUAUGCUUCAGAAGACAGCCAUGAAGUAGACCCAUUGCGUUGCUCUCCAGAUGAACUGAGUGACAAUAGGAGUAAUUUGUGGUACAGCUGUGAAGUAGCUGUACAAAGCAUACUGCAAUCACAGAAAUCCUUCCCUCUUGAACUUCUAUCAGUGUUCUCAGCUUGGCAGGAGAAGGUUGCCCUCCGAGGAAAACCAGAUUUGGGUUGCAGACUGGUCAGCGCUUGCCUCUUCUUGAGAUUUCUGUGCCCAGCCAUUCUCUCUCCUGGAUUAUUUAACCUGUCGCCUGAGCAUCCUCGCCCACUUGCUGCGCGAGCUUUGACACUAGUUGCCAAGGUUCUACAGAAUCUUGCCAACUUUACCAGGUUUGGGGAAAAGGAGGAGUAUAUGGCAUUUAUGAAUGGCUUCCUAGAGCGGCAUUGGGAUGCGAUGAGAGUUUUUCUGCAAACUGUGGCCAAUCCAGAUAGUGAAGUUUCUGAAGUGAGUUAUGAUGGCACUGUGGAUCUGGCGUAUGAACUUGCUGUACUUCACUCUAUGCUAUGUGGAAUCUUCACUAAUGUCCACCAGCAAACUAAAGAUCAGCUGGAACCACUACCCACAAUCCUUAAUGCUCUAGCAGAGGGACUGCCUGUCCCUGAAAGCAUCACUCAGCAUCCUGUCUACACCAGCAGACAGGAGAGAGAUGGACAAGAUUAUGUUUCCCCAAGAGAUAUGCGCACAUUCCGUCCCCUGGUAAAAAAGAGCCAAUCACUGACAAGUUUGAUGAAAGAACGUUUAGCUCCACCUCCGAGAACUGAAGAAAGAGAAAAGAGAAAAAGGCGUCAUGUGACCCGUACACAGAGUGUCCCUGCCCAGAGACGAGAGGGGCGUGACCGUAGGCAUAGAAGUGAGACUGCCACAGUGGAAGAGGUACAACUGGAUCAUAUAGAGCCUUUGCAAAAGAAAAAAACAUGGUUGAGAGAAUCCUCAACUCUCCCCCGCAGGAAAUCUACUGUACCUUGGUGCAGGAAUGAGGACUUACCUGUUUUGGGACAACACAGUGAAGAAAGUAUAAGUCAGGACCAGCACCUGGUAGAAAUAAGGGGGCAAAUAGAAGAGAAUCAGGACAAGCAAAAAGAACUGGAAGGUCAGGUACUUGCCUUGUCAGAGCAGAUGCAGGCUGUUCUUGUACAGUUGGAGAUGGUGGAGGAAACUCACAAGAAGUUGCAAAGAGAUAUGGCUAAACAGCUGUGUCAGAUGCAGACCAGGAUUGAAGCCUUAGAAGAUAAGAAGAAUCAAGAGGCAGCUGAGAGAAACAAAUCUGUGGUGGCCCUGGAGAGACGCCUGGCACCUCUUGAGGAAUGGAAGAUGAAGGAAGUGAGAAGCACCAUCAAUGACACCUACAACAGAGACAGCCAGGAGGGAGACUCAUUAGUUAAUGCAAACAUCACUCAUUCUUCUUCCCUCCCAGACAAUAUAGACAGAUCCUAAAAACAGUCAAUACUUUACAGAGCCUUCAAAUUAUUCUAAUAAAAUAAAGCCACCACAUCACAACUUCCUUCAA